UUAACCCCAUCCACCAAUUCAAACUUAACUUCCAUUCUCUCUGUCUCUAUCUUCUCUUCCACUUUCACUCUAAAUUCAAAUUUCAAAAUCACAACGCUAACAGAAAAAAAAAAAAUCAAUCAUGGGUUGCGUUUCUUCCAAUUUCUUGAACAACGAAGACGAGUUAAAUCAACUCGGUCACUCAGCACUCGGCGUCGGCCACCACAUUGUCUCUCUAACCUCCACCACCUACGGCCUCCUUAACACCCUCGAUCCACCCCCCGCCACCACUCCACCACCACCUUCUCGCUUCACCCUCAAACCUCCCCGUUCCGAAUCACCAGAAAUCAUCAACUCUUGGGAACUCAUGGAAGGCCUCGACACCGAAAGCUUCCGUUUCUCACCCCUUCCUAAACCCUCUCACAAAGAAAACUCCAACCCAAACCUAAACCUAAACCCUAAAAAACCUAAUUCCGGUUCGGUUCUUUCGGAUCGGUUCGAGCGAAUAUGUCCACCGAACGGAGAGAAGAAAGUUGUGAUCUAUACGACGACGCUGAGAGGUGUUAGGAGAACGUUUGAAGCUUGCAAUGCGGUGAGAUCAGCGUUUGAUGCAUUUGGUAUUCAAAUCUGCGAGCGUGACGUGUCCAUGGAUAGCGGGUUUAAAGAAGAACUGAGAGAGCUUCUGAAGGGGAAGGAGAAUACGGUGGUUCCGCCGAGGGUUUUUGUGAAGGGUUUUUACAUCGGUGGUGCUGAAGAGAUGUUGAAGGUUGCUGAAGAGGGUUUGUUGGGUGAAGUUCUUCAAGGUUUGCCGAGAAAAGUUGUUGGUGGUGUUUGUGAUGGUUGUGGUGAUAUGAGAUUUUUGCCUUGUUUUCGGUGUAAUGGAAGCUGCAAAAUGGUUCAGAAACAGAAACAGGGGAAUGGUAUUGUUGUGAAGUGUAGUGAUUGUAAUGAAAAUGGGUUAGUUUUGUGCCCAAUUUGUAGUUAGUUCAUCAUGCUUUUCAUUUUGUUAUAGGAUGAAUUCUCUCAAUUUAUGGUUAUUAAAUAUCUUACUUAAAAUGAUCCUUUGUUUUUGUGCA